UGUGGGGAAAAAGAAAGAAUAAAAAAAUGAAUAAUGUGGUUGGUGAGUGGAAAUUCACGAAGUCUGCAUUUUGGGGUUGUGGAAGCAAAGAAAUUCGGAAAUACUGAAUCCACCAUCUCUUCCUCCCUAUAUAUACACAUACGCAUCACCACCUUCCAAUUCACAAACACCCAUUCUCUCUCUCUCUCUCUCUCUCUGAUUGCUGAACAUCUGCAACUCCUGUGUGAGUGUUUAACUGAUCCGCUCUUUCCUUCGUUUCCUCAACUCAACAAAAAAAAUCGAGAUGGCCAAGAAUGUCGGGAUCCUCGCCAUGGAAAUCUACUUCCCUCCCACUUGCAUCCAGCAGGGUGGAGUGGAGUGGACCCACCUCUUAAUUGCAAACUUUCUCUGCUCCAGCUCUCUUUCUAUAUCUCAAUCAAUCUCUUUAUUUUAUUUUCAUUUUGAUAUAAAAAUUUAAACUUGAGGGUUUUAGAUAAAGCAAAAUCUCAGAUUCACUUGGGGGGAAAAACAGAUCUUAGUUUAGAGACUUAUCUGCAGAAUUUAUUUUGUUGACUUAAGCUGUUAUAUGAUGCGUUGCAGGAGGUGUUGGAAGCUCAUGAUGGAGCAAGCAAAGGAAAGUAUACAAUUGGGCUUGGCCAAGAUUGCAUGGCAUUUUGUUCCGAGGUCGAAGAUGUCAUUUCCAUGAGCAUGACGGCAGUAACUUCACUUCUAGAAAAGUACAAUGUUGAUCCGAAGCAGAUUGGACGCCUUGAAGUUGGAAGUGAGACUGUACUCGACAAGAGCAAAUCCAUUAAGACAUUUUUGAUGCCUAUCUUCGAGAAAUGUGGCAAUACUGAUAUCGAAGGUGUUGACUCAAGCAAUGCUUGCUAUGGAGGGACCGCAGCACUAUUUAACUGUGUCAAUUGGGUGGAAAGUAGUUCUUGGGAUGGAAGAUAUGGGCUUGUUGUCUGCACUGACAGUGCGGUAUAUGCCGAGGGACCAGCUAGACCUACUGGUGGGGCUGCAGCCAUUGCCAUGCUAAUAGGACCAAAUGCACCUAUUGCUUUUGAAGGCAAGCUUAGGUCGAGUCACAUGGCUCAUGUUUAUGAUUUUUACAAGCCCGACCUUGCCAGUGAAUAUCCAGUUGUUGAUGGCAAGCUUUCACAGACUUGUUACCUCAUGGCACUGGAUGCUUGUUACAAAGGCUUCUGUCAAAAGUUUGAGAAGCAGGAGGGCAAGCAGUUCUCGAUCUUGGAUGCUGACUACUUUGUAUUCCAUUCUCCAUACAACAAGCUUGUACAAAAAAGUUUCUCAAGAUUGUUGUUCAAUGACUUUUCGAGGAAUGCCAGCUUCAUCGAUGUGGCUGCAAAAGAAAAGCUUGCACCAUUUUCAUCACUAAGCAAUGAGGAAAGCUACCAAAGUCGCGAUCUUGAGAAGGCAUCUCAACAAGUCGCAAAACCUUUCUUUGAUACCAAAGUGCAACCAUCUACGCUCAUCCCAAAACAAGUUGGGAACAUGUAUACCGCAUCACUCUAUGCUGCAUUUGCUUCCCUCAUCCACAACAAAAGUAGCACUCUGGCUGGGCAGAGGGUCAUCUUGUUUUCCUACGGGAGUGGUCUUGCAGCCACCAUGUUCUCUCUCCGUUUCACUGAGGGAGAAAAACCUUUCAGCCUGUCCAACAUUGCAUCUGUUAUGAACGUUUCAGAGAAGUUGAAGUCAAGGAAUGAGUUCCCGCCAGAAAAAUUUGUCGAACUGAUGCAGCUAAUGGAGCACAGGUAUGGAGGCAAAGACUUCAUCACAAGCAAGGACUGCAGCCUUCUUGCACCAGGUACAUACUAUCUCACUGAAGUCGACUCCAAAUACCGAAGAUUCUAUGCCAAGAAGGCCGUUACGAAUGGAACUGUUGCGAAUGGCCACUGAAGAUAUCAUAUGCCAUAAAAUUGGCUCUUCUUCUGUGUAGUUAAUUCAGCACAUAGACAAAUAAUCUAUUUUCAUUGUUUGGUACAAGCAUCUGAGUUUGUUUGACAGAUGAAUUAUUAGUAGUCAGAGUUUCAUUUUCUCUGUUUUUAUUUUUCUUGGAUUCUGUAAAAGAAGCAUCUUAGAUGGUGGGUGUAUUCAGUAUUCUGUUCUACAUCUUAAUGAAUUCAAUUUUGCCCUAGCUGGCAUACAUCUUUA